AUGAGCAGCCAACUGCACCUAGCUAUCCUCUCUCUCAAACGCUCACCCCACACCAUCAAACAAAUAGAUCAAAUCCUCACCCAAACCAUCACAACUGGUCUCCUCCACACCACCCCUACACUCAACUCUAUUCUCACAGUCUAUUCCAAAAGCCCCGCACCCACCAAAGCCAUUCUUACAUACAACCUCUCCAUCAAAAACUCAAUCCCCCUAGAUAACUACACUUACCCAGUUCUCCUCAAGGCCUGCACACGCCUAAAAUCACUCCCUAAAGGAAAAGAAGUCCAUGCCCAUGUCACAAAAGUAGGCCUAGGUAGUGAUGUUUAUGUACAGAAUGCUCUAGUUCACUUUUAUGGGUCCACAGGCCUAAUUGGUGAUGCUAGGUACGUGUUUGAUAAAAUGCCUCACAGAGAUUUAGCUAGUUGGAAUUCACUUCUGGCUGCUUAUAAUUCGCGAUCUGGAGAUGGGACUGAAGCAUUGGUUUUGUUUAAGGAAAUGAUGUGUGAAGGGAUCGGAGCUGAUUCUAUCACUUUCGUGAUUAUAAUUUCAGCACUUGCAGCGGUAACAAAGGUGGAAUACGGCAGCUCAAUCCACGGUUCUGUGAUAAAAAACGGGUUUGAUUGCUAUGUGCAUUUGGAAAAUGCAAUGCUGGGUAUGUAUGUGAACUAUGGGGAUGUGAAUGCUGCUCUAACCUUAUUUACUGAAAUGGGUGGUAGAAGGGAUGUAGUGUCUCACACUAUAAUGAUCAAUGGGUGUAUCGAGACAGGGUUCAUAGAGUUGGCUCGCGACAUUUUCGAUCGUAGGUUUGACAAAGAUUUGGUUCUGUGGAACUCAAUGAUCAGUGGUUAUGUUGAGUCAAACCUCCCGAAUGAAGCUUUAGUGCUUUUUGAGAAAAUGGAGAAUGAAGAGGUCGAACCUGAUCAAUACACUGUAGUUAGUAUUCUUUCCGCUUGUGCUUGCUUAUCGGAUCUUCAAUAUGGUAGGCAUGUUCACCGAUUAAUCCUCACAAAAAACAUGUUACACGAUGUUUUUGUCGGAACGGCUCUAAUUGACAUGUACUCAAAGUGUGGAAGUAUUAGUGAUGCAAUGGCCACUUUUUACAAAAUGGAAGACAAAGAUGUUUUUACUUGGACAACUGCAAUUGGAGGACUUGCGAAUUUCGGUUACGUAAAGGCAUCUUUGGAGUUGUUCUAUCAGAUGGAGAAUGAGGGAGUUAACCCUAAUGAGGCAACGUUUGUUAGUGUAUUAGCAGCAUGCAGACAGGCUGGCCUAGUUGAAGAAGGUUGCUUCUUGUUUAGUACACUACUGAGAAAUUACAAAAUCCAACCAAAGGUCGAGCACUUUGGUUGUCUAAUCGACCUCUUGAGUAGAGCCGGUCUAGUCCACCAGGCGGACGAGUUCGUUAAAGCCAUUGAUCCAGGGGAAAGACUUGUAGCUUAUAAAACCCUACUAAGUGCCUGUAUGAAUCACUCAAAGAUCGAUCUUGGAUUAAAGGUUGCUGAUGAACUGGAAAGGUUGGGUUCAGAAGAUCAUGCAGUUUGUGUCUUACUUUCGAACUUCUAUGCGCUAGCGGGAGAAUGGUCUAAAGUUGAAGAGAUGAGAAGGAACAUGAAAAUUUUCGGUAUGUUGAAAGAGCCAGGCAUCAGCUGCGUAGAGGUGACUACCUAA